AUGUUGGAGAUGGAGGGUGAUGGCAAUUGCCAGUUUCGCUCCAUGGCCUUUAAUUUGUUUGGAAGCCAGGACUACCACACCUCGCCACGGCAGGCUGCGGUGAAGCACAUGAAGAAGCACUCGGACUUCUUCGGCGUCUUUUUUGAGACUGAGGCCGAGUUCUCGCGCUACUUGCAGAACAUGGCCCGCAACGGGACCUGGGGCGACGAGCUCACGCUUCGAGCCGUUGUGGAAGCUUACGGCUGUGUAGCUCACGUCGUCACUUCUGAGCCGACAAACUGGCAUUUGGUCUACGAGCCCGAAGGUUUGGAUCCUCCAGAUCUAAACAUUGCCAUUUGCCCGAAGGGCGUGGGAAUGCCCAAAAGCAGGAAGCGAAUAUUCCUGUCAUAUAUCUCGCCCAUCCACUACAACGCCAUCAUCUCGCGUGCUGGGUCUUGA